CUGCAUGUGGCCACCGCCUCGGACGACGACGAUGCCCCAACCUACUUCUUGGACACGCCGUCGGCGAAGAGGCAAAAGACGACCCGACCUGCCAUGGACACGGCCCUGCCCACCCCUCGGCCAAAAGACCCCGCCCGCAAUAUGACGGACGAAGCGCCGAGAACUGUUCGACAUGUUUACAUGCACGAAAGCGGGGGAGCGUACAUGGCUCGCAAGGACGACGACAUGACCACAGAAACAACAACGUCGCAAGCUGCCAAUGAUUCAGCGAGGGAGUUUUUGGAGUCGUUUUGGAGUGCUCCACCGCAACCAGACCCCUAUGUAGCAGGACCUCCUCCUUCACGGCUGGACUGUGCACCACCACCAGCCCCGUCCUUGUCGGCAGCGUACUUUGUUGGCUUGCCAGCCGCCAUUGAUGAAACAAAAGAACCGGGACUGCUGCCCACUCCGCGACAUACCGCCCCCGACCCUCGGCGUAGCUCCCCUGCCUUCACGUCCGUGCCUACGCAUGACGAUGGACGUUGGACGGGGCUAGAAACCCGACCUCGCUCGUCCACGCGGUUUCACACCCCAUCGGUCUCCCCCCAACCUCGUGAAACGACCAAACCAGCUGACCCGCGAAUUAAGCCAGCCGAUCCUCGGUCACAGCCAGUAGUCCCUGGCACAGCCAAGCUACCUGACCUCCGGCUACGACUGGCACGCCCACUCAACAGCUCCAUCAACCCGCGAAGUAGCUCUAGAGAAACGUCUCUUCCACGGAACAAACGCACACCUAAAGCGAUGUCGCCCCCACUUUGUGCGAUUCAGACUACUCCACAGGUUGAAUCACUCAAGCCUCGCGACCCGCGGAUAAAAGCAGCUCCAAUCGUACAUAGCACCACUGCCGCUCGAACGCCUGCGGCCGCUCCUGUCGGUGUGACUACGGCUGCACCCAGAGACCCUCGACGUCUAGCCCAGGUGCAACUCGAACUGAAGCCUUCAGGUUCGGCCCCGCUAAGUCCACUUGAAUCGCUGGUGGUCACUCCCCAGGUCGAGCCAGCUGUACCUCGUGAUCCGCGGGUAAAGGCAUUUGCCCAUACCUCCACUCCCGUCCAUGAUCGAACCCAUGUUGCAGCUGCUGUGGCUACGGCCACGGCUCCACCAAGAGAUCCUCGGCUUGUAGCCCAGGCUGCGCCACGAGAUCCUCGACUUGUAGCCCAGGUGGCAACUCCCCAGGUCGAGCCAGCUAUUCCCCGUGAUCCGCGGGUAAAAGCGGCUACAGUUGUCCACAACUCCACUCCCAUGGAUGAUGGAACGAUUGGUGAAGCUGCUAUAGCUACGGCUACACCAAGAGACUCUCGACGUGUAGCCCAGGAAGCAACUCCCCAGGUCGAUCCAACGACGUCUCGUGACCCGCGGGUAAAGGCGGCUACAGCUGUCCACAGCACCCUUCAUGUGCAAGAUCGCUCUCUUGCUGCAGCGCCAGCUGCUGUGGCUACCCAGGUCGGACCAACCAAGCCAAUGGACCCGCGGGUGAAGGCCGCGGCAAAUACUGCUCUUAGCUCCCUUCCUGUACAAGGCCAUAGUAUUACUGCACCUCCAGUUGCUACGACUACACCAAGGGACCCUCGACUUGUAGCCCAAGCACAACGUGAACUCACGCCAGCACAGUCGUCCCCACUUCGUCCAAGUGUAUCGCAGGUGGAAACUGUCGAAGCAACCCAGCCAAGAGACCCACGUGCGAAGGCGGUUGCAGUUGUCGAUAGCUCCACUAUUCUGGAAUCUCGAACGGUUGCUGCAGGUCCGCAGGCUGUGGCUACAACGGCUACAUCAAGGGACCCCCGCCUUUUAGCCGAGGAACAACAUGAACCAAAGCCGUCAGAUUCAUCGCCUCUCAGUCAACAAGUUGAAAGUCCCCAACCAGCCGAGCCAACCAAAGCAAUCGACCCACGGGUAAAGCCGGCUAUACUUGUCCAUAGCACCCCUCCUGUAGGCCAAGAUCGAACAGCUAAGGCUACACCAAACGACCCGCGACUUCUAGCCCCCCGUGCACAAGAUGACCUGAAGCCGUCAUUCGAAGCGAAGGGGGCAACUACCCUGUCUGAGCUAUCCAAACCACCGGUUGACCCUCGGGUGAAGAAGGCUACAGUCGUCCCUCCCGUGGGAAAGCUAGGUUCAAGCUCGCCUUCUGCUGUGGCUAAAUCCAGCUACUCAACUCAUGAGACCCAAACACAGCAAGAACUGAAGCCAUCAAAUUCGUCGCCACUACUUCGUCCUAGUCAGUUUGAAGGAUCAUUGACAACUGCCCGGCUAACCGAGCCAGCAAAGCCACUCGACCCACGUGUGAACUCUGUUUCAAAUGUCCAUAGCACCCUUCCUGAAGAAGCUCAAACUAUUGCAGCAGCCCCAGUUGCUGUAGUCACACCCAGAGACCCUCGACUUCGAGCAGCCCAAGCACCAAACGAGCAGACACCUACUGAGUCGUCCCCACUUUGUCCACAUCCUUUUGACAAGCCAUCAACAGCACUGGUUGUCCAAAGCUCGACUCCCGCAAAAGCUCCAACAAUUGCUGAUCCCAUAGCUGAGGCACGAAAUGGCUCGACCCUUGAGGCCCACGCAGAUUUGAAAUCGUCGCCACGUCAUCCAAUUCAAUCGGAAGAAGGGCCGGUGGCCACUCACCACGUCGAGCCUGUCGACGCUACAGACAGGCAGAUGAUGACCCCGGCUACACUUGUCAGCAGCCCCCUUCCUGACGAAAAUCGAGCUCCAGUUGAUGUGGUCACGGCUACACCGCUUGUAGCACAAGAUUAUGAACUAACAUCUGAUCAAACGCUUGCUGAAGGACUAGUAGCGGCCGCUACGGUUCCACCAAGUGAUCUUGCAUCAACCUUUCAAGCCCAGACACAUGACGAAAUGAACAACUCGGCAGAGUCGUCGCCCUCACGUGGUCUUCACCUUGAAACGAAGUUGGCAACUCCCACGCCAAUCAAUGCACAUGAUCCACGGGUGACGCCGCCUUCAGCUUCAAUCGGCUAUACCUCCCUUUCUGCCGACACUCAAACGAGUCCAGUUGAUACAAGUGAGUCGCUUCGACUGGCACCCCACGAAGUACAGUCUGCAGACGAAGAAGGGAAGCCAUCGCAGUCGUCCCAGCUACAAAGUCCGUGUGAAGUGGCGACACUGCCCCCCGAGCCAACCAAUCUGCUAGACAGACUGCCGAUUGCUUCCGCACCCUUUGACCCUCGAAACAGACUUCUACCUGCUACAGCAGUUGCUGCUUCUUUCCCGCGUACGAAUCAGUUGAUCUUGGAUACCUCUGCGCCUGUAGGCGUGCCAAGUCCAGAUGUAGGGGAUACGACCACCACACAAAGUGAUGUCCUUCAACACCAGCGACACCCUUUGGCACUUGGUCUCAUCAAGUGUGAACUGCCUGACGUGGCACGAGCACAGGGAGUUGCCCAAAACCCUCCUCGUGACCAUGGGAUGUCGCCGGCUACAACUACAGCCCAUUUGGCUAGUGCCUCAGCUGCGAUUGUAGGCCAUACCCCCGACGAUGGCGCCUCAGACAAUGACACGGAACUACCACCGUUGAAACGACGCGCGCCGUCGCCCAGUUUAAAGUGCGAGGUGAUCGCGCCCACGAUGCCCCGUCCUGCGGUAUUUGAGCUAGAGGACUCGGACGAUGACGACCUGCAGAUCGUGCAAGUCGUGGCGCCGUCGGGGAAGAAGCGGCGCUUGAGUAGAAGCACUGCCGCGAUCGAUCUGACAUUCGACUCGGACGACUCGGACGCCCAACCUAUCACCUCUGUCCUUCCCCGACGAGGCUUUCACUCUGACGCGCAAGUUGUCGACUUGACGUAAACAACGUCGCCCACGAUAUCAUGCUUGCUGUAUAGUGUAAACACUAUUUAAUACAGGAACCACACAGUAGUAUACCGUCUUUUGAUGGAAAUACAUGGUGAA